AUUGAUAAAGCUGCGGAGUGGAAGGCAUGCUCUGAUGAGGAGCGACAACGCAUCCAAUGCCAGACCCGCAUGGCCAGGGAGGCCAAGUACGGAUACUGGUCCCUCUAUCGUAGGCGCCGGCGUGGUGACGCCUCUCAUGACGGUAGCUAUGCCCGCCUUGCCCAUUCAAAGAUGCAGUAUUCAAUUGGAUCCAAUUACAGUGGCGCUGAACAAAAGCAGAUUGUGUUCGGCAAUCUCUCAAGUUCCUUUGUUGGAAUCGAGACCCAGUCGGUUGAGACCAUCGAAUAUCAACAUCUCCUCCGUCGCUAUACACUCUAUUUUGUAUACCUCGGCAUUGGCUCUCUGGCAGCAGUCACAGGCAGUACCUUCGGAUUUGGCUAUAUUGGCUUCCGACUGACCUGUAAAAUCCGUCAGGCCUACUUCGCCAGUGUCCUGCGCCAGAACAUCGCGUUUUAUGAUCACACAGGCGCUGGUGAAAUCGCCGCACGCAUGACUGUCAACAUCAACGCUAUCCAAGAAGGCUUAUCCGAGAAAGUUGGACUCACCAUAACGGGACUGGCCACAUUCGUUACUGCGCUGAUCAUUGCCUUUGCGCGGUCCUGGCGACUCGCACUGAUCUUGCUUUCCGUCGUUGCCGCCAUCAUUCUCACCAUGGGUGGUGUUGGUAAAGUUAUGAAACGCUUCCAAGCCCAGGCGCUGGAAACAUCCUCAGCCGGCAGCACGAUUGCGCAGGAAGCCAUGUCUUCAAUGCGUGUCAUUAGCGCGCUGAGUGCCCAGUCCCAUUUUGAGGAAAAGUUCACGGCCAGCAUGGCUACCAGCGAUGGGUAUGAGCUGAAGUGGCGGGCAGCGCUGGGAGUAUUGGUCGCCAUGAUGAUGUUUAUCAUGGUAACUCAGUAUGCGCUCGCAUUCUGGAAGGGCUAUCAGUUCCUGCAGAACGGUGAAAUCACUAUCUCCAGGCUUCUCACUACCAUCAUGGCUUCUAUGAUUGCUGGUAUCUCGUUUGGGCAUAUUGCGCCACACUUGGGUAGUUUUGGUGCCGCUGCAGAGGCCAGUGACAAGGUCUUCGGCCUCAUUGACCGUGAAUCGCCUAUUGACCCGGGAUCGAUGCAGGGUCGGCGGUUGUCCCACGUCAAUGGGAGCAUCACCUUCCAGGAUGUCACGCACUGGUACCCUGCUAGCCAAGAGGGACACCCCGUAUUGAACCGCUUCUCAUUGCACAUCCCGGCGGGCAAGACCACCGCGGUGGUUGGCCCAUCUGGAUCAGGCAAGUCCACAUUGGUUGCACUCCUGAUGCGAUUCUACCUACCUGCCAAAGGGGAUAUUCUGAUAGAUGGACAUGACAUUGAGAAGUUGAAUGUCCGAUGGUGGCGGCAACAGGUUGCUCUAGUUAGCCAAGAGCCAGUGCUAUUCAGCACCACUAUCUUCGACAAUAUCGCGUAUGGACUGAAGGGUGAUGAACAUGACAAGCUGGACCAUGAGUCACGACAGCAACAGGUGACCGAUGCAGCCAUCGCAGCCAACGCCCACGAGUUUAUCUGCAGUCUCCCCAAAGGGUACGACACGUUAGUGGGAGAGGGCGGCAUGCUACUCUCUGGUGGACAGAAGCAGCGAAUUGCAAUUGCGCGCGCUCUCGUCUCCAACCCUCGGAUUCUGCUCCUGGACGAGGCCACUGCAGCACUGGACAGUAUUUCGGAGCUGUCAGUGCAGUCUGCACUGGAUACCAUGGUCCGUGGCCGGACGACUAUCGUCAUUGCGCAUCGUCUGUCAACUAUCCAGAAGGCGGACCAUAUCGUCGUGAUGGCUGAUGGGCAGAUCGUAGAGCAAGGAACGCACGAGGAACUUUCCAUCCAGCGUGGCAUGUACUUCAGCAUGAUCCAGGCCCAGCAAUUACAGGAAGCCCAGAGUCAAGAGCUGGCCGAAUCUGAUCGACUGUCCGUGUCGCUAUCUGGCAAAGAGGAGAGCAAGAAGGCUGAUGAAUUCCGUUCGUCCUUUCUGGAGACGCGCCUCAGCAGUAGCGACGAGAAAGCUGUUCACGAGGCGGAGAAGAAGCAGCCGAAGACGUCUCGGGGCCUGCUGUCUUUCAUUUGGAGCAUGAGCAUGCCAGAGCUCUACAUCACCCUGGGUGGCUUCGUGAGCGCGGCGUUCGCAGGAUGCGUCUAUCCAAUCCUCGGCAUCCUUUUUGGAAACGUGGUUUUUGCACUGACCCCAAGCAGUCACGGCAGUAGUUCCCACACCGUAACCUUCUGGUCGGGCAUGCUUUUCAUGCUAGGCAUGAUGGCGCUCGUCUUCUACACCCUACAAGGUGUAGCGUUUGCCAUCACAGCCGCACGACUGAUUAGUCGCAGUCGCAGUCGCGCCUUCUCUGCGGUGCUGCGACAAGAUAUCUCGUUCUUUGACAGCAAUGCAGAGACUUCGGGUGCAUUAGUGUCAUUCGUGACAACGGACAUCCAGGCCAUCGCAGGAAUAAGCGGCGCGACGCAGGGCGCCGUGGUCAACUUUGUCUGGACGCUAAUUGCGUCGAUCGUCAUUGCCUGCUCGUUCGGCGGGAAACUAGCUGUUGUCUGCAUAUCAACCAUGCCGUUACUUCUCUUCUGUGGCUUUCUCCGAACGUGGAUUCUGACCCGGCUGGAGCGUCGCACGCGUCAGGGGACCACCGCCUCAGCACUAGCCUGUGAGGCCAUCAACGCGAUUCGGACAGUAGCCGCACUAGCACGAGAACCGGCCUUGUCGCAGUCAUAUCGUGAAACACUCUUGACGCAGGAACCGAAAUAUCUCCGGGACAUGAUCCAGUCGGCUUUCCUGUAUGCGCUCUCCCAGUCGCUUUCGCUGUUCGCUAUGGGUCUGGCUUUCUGGUACGGCGGAACUUUGAUCGCGCACGGGGUGUACACGGUGAAGCAAUUCUUCAUUUGUUUUGUAUCCGUCAUUUGGGGCUCGCAGGCAGCGGCCGGGAUAUUCUCAUUCGCCAAUGAAAUUGGAAGUGCGCGGCAGGCUGCAGAGCGGCUGCAAGAGCUGCUGUCUGGAACGCCCGCUAUUGACUCCUGGUCGCCGGUUGGGCUGCAGGACGAGAUACAGGGCGAUAUUGAGCUGCGCGAGGUUCACUUCAGAUACCCAGGACGCCCAGAACAGCCAGUCCUGCGUGGAGUGAGCUUGAAGGCGAAGCUCGGUGAGUUGGUGGCCGUGGUGGGUGCCAGCGGCAGUGGGAAGAGUUCGAUAUUUGCUCUUUUGGAGCGAUUUUACGACUCAGACUCGGGAACUGUGGCAGUUGACGGUCGCCCGGUAUCGCAGUACCAUCUUCAGCACUAUCGUCGCCAAAUUGGUCUAGUUAGCCAGGAAACAGUGCUCUUUUCAGGGACCAUUUGGGAUAACAUCGUGGCUGGGUUGGACCAGGUCAAUCGAGACGAGGUGAUUCAAGUUUGCAAGGAUGCGAAUAUACAUGAUUUCAUUAUUUCGCUCCCAGAAGACUUCUCGACAUUCGUCGGCGCCAAGGGCUGUCUGCUUUCCGGGGGUCAAAGACAAAGACUCGCCAUUGCUCGCGCAUUGCUGCGACGACCGAAAAUCCUACUGCUAGACGAAGCAACUUCCGCGUUAGACUCGGAAACGGAGCUUGCAGUGCAACAAGCGAUCGACCGCGCCGCUCAUGGACGUACGACGAUUGCCAUUGCACAUCGUCUCAGUACGAUCCAACAUGCGAACUGGAUCUACGUCUUGGACCGUGGACGAGUGGUUGAAGAAGGUACCCACACGGAACUCAUGCGGGCUCGAGGGAGAUAUUGGAACUUAGCUCAGGCAACAGCCACGUCUUCGUAA